AUGUCCAACCAAACCCGUCAGCAAGGUCAACCUGCCCGCUCCGUCGCUCAAACAGAGACAGAAGCUGGACCAUCCACGACUCCAGACGAACAACCUCCAGCUGGUGUUUUGAAAUUGCGUGGUGGACCACUGAAAAAGCAAAGAGUUGUCUGGAGUGACGAGACUGUAGAUAAUGAAGGUAUGGGCAAAAAGAAGUCAAAGAUUUGCUGUAUUUACCACAAACCAAAAGCGUUUGACGAAUCUUCUGACGAAUCUUCAUGCUCCUCAUCCGAAGAUGAAGAUCCUUCUCCUCGAGAUAGAUCACAUGGACAGAGGCAUAGAUCGAGAGAUGGAGGAAACGGAGGUCAGGAAGAGUAUUCAGAAAGCUCGGAAUCUGAUGGAGGAGCAGGAGACGGACGUGCGAGACCUGCUAGGAAGUCUAGAAAACACCAUCAUCCCCAUGAUCAUGCCGACGACUGUGGUCAUAGUAAACAUCGAGUAAACAAAUAUGAUGUUCAACCGAAGUCAUCUGGAGGAGCCGCAGGUGAUCAGGGGGCAGGGCGAUCGUCGUAA